AAUCGCAGUUCCUCAGUUCCGGGCUUUAGACAUCAGCCAUUUGUUUCUAGCGCCAAUUCAAUCCAAGAAAAUGGGGAUGACAAUGCUGACAAUCCUCUCUCUCUUAAUCUCCACUACCUUAGGAGAAUUCACUUCCGACAAUGCUAAUCUACGGCUCCGAUUACCGGGAGAAACCUUAUGCAGUCAACUCAUUGAACCUGCCGGUUACCCUUGCACAGAACACACUAUACAAACGAAGGAUGGUUACUUACUAGCUCUUCAACGUGUUUCAUCUCGUAAUGGGAAUAUAAGGCUCCAACGUGGCCCUCCUGUUUUGCUUCAACAUGGACUCUUUAUGGCAGGUGAUGCAUGGUUUUUGGACUCUCCGGAGCAGUCAUUAGGUUACAUCCUUGCAGAUCAGGGCUUUGAUGUAUGGGUUGGAAACGUACGUGGGACAUUUUGGAGUUAUGGGCAUGUAUCAUUGUCAGAGAAAGAAAAGGAAUUUUGGGAUUGGAGCUGGCAGGAAUUGGCUCUAUAUGACCUUUCAGAAAUGAUUCACCACAUAUAUUCAAAAACAAAUUCCAAAACUUUAGUUGUUGGACAUUCCCAGGGGACAAUCAUGUCUCUGGCUGCCCUCACUCAGCCAAAUAUAGUGGAAAUGGUUGAAGCUGCUGCUCUUUUGUGUCCAAUAUCAUACCUGGAACAUAUAAGUGCUCCACUUGUACUUCGAAUGGUUGGCUUACAUCUUGAUCAGAUGGUUCUUGCCAUAGGUAUACAUGAAUUGAACUUUAGAAGUAAAGUGUUGAUUAACCUCUUGGAUUCCAUAUGCGAUGGUCAUGUAGAAUGUGAUGACUUCUUAACUUCUAUGACAGGGCAGAAUUGUUGUCUUAACAACUCACGUGUGGAUAAAUUUCUUGAAUAUGAACCUCAUCCAUCAUCUGCCAAAAAUCUGCGUCAUCUUUUCCAGAUGAUUCGUCAAGGUACAUUUUCACAAUAUGAUUAUGGAAUAUUUAAGAACCUAAAGUUGUAUGGUCGGGUGAAACCCCCAGCAUUUGAUCUUAGUCAAAUACCCAAGUCAUUGCCAUUAUGGAUGGGCUAUGGGGGUUAUGAUGCUUUGGCAGAUGUUACAGAUGUGAAGCACACUCUCAAGGAGUUGCAGACCAAACCUGAGUUGCUUUAUCUGGAAAACUAUGGUCACCUAGACUUCCUCAUGAGCGUACAUGGAAGGGAGGAUGUUUUCAAUCAUAUGAUUAGAUUUUUCAGGUCACUAGGCAAAUCUAGUACUUGAAUUGGCUACUUGUGAUAUGAGAAAGUUACAGUUCUGUGAAUACUUAAGCAAUUAUUUGUGUGCAUACAUUGUAAUAAUGCUUUCGACCUCUUCUGUAAAUGUGUACUGAUUACCAAAAUAGAAAUGAUAAAAGGAAACAAAAUCUAUUAUUUAUUUUA